GGGCGGGGGUAGUGGAGAGGCCUGCCGGGAAAGCGGAAGUGAGAGGACUUCGGUCGUCGUGAGCGUGCGGGCUGCGUGAGCUUUUUCAGAUAAAAUAUGGCUAAAAGCUUACGGAGUAAGUGGAAAAGGAAGAUGCGUGCUGAAAAGAGAAAAAAGAAUGCCCCAAAGGAGCUUAGUAGACUUAAAAGUAUUCUUAAACUAGAUAGUGACGUUUUAAUGAAAGAUGUUCAAGAGAUAGCAACUGUGGUGGUCCCCAAACAUUGUGAAGAGAAAACUCAAUGUGUGGUGAAAGAUGAAAAAGAUGACAUGAAAAUGGAGACUGAUAUUAAGAGAAACAAAAAGACUCUUCUAGACCAACACGGACAGUACCCUGUAUGGAUGAACCAGAGGCAAAGAAAAAGGCUGAAGGCAAAGCGAGAGAAAGGGAAGGGGAAAAGCAAAGCAAAAGCAGUGAAGGCAGCGAAGGGCCUGGCCUGGUAGACUCUUAAAAACCUGAAAAAUGCCACAUGGGACAGAUCUGUGAUUAGAAGGUACACACUGACUUCAGCUUCCAUCAAAUGAAAACUUUGUUUCCAUAUUCUAACUUGGCCUUUUUCUUCAAUUCAAACCCAACAUAACUCCUCAAAUUCAUUUUGGGAACUUUAAUAAAACAUUUUAUUUGUUGAAUGAAAGCUAUGUUGAUAUUUUUAUUGGAUGCUGUCCAAUUUGCAGCAUCCAAAUUCAGAAUUCUGUCAAGUAUUAGUAUGGUUGUGAUUGUUUGAUCUUAGUAAAGAGAGAUUAUAUUAUACUGACAAAUUUGAGCUAAGUCAGAUUUAAAGAAAACUAUUAUGCUGUUUAAAAUAAUGUCAAUGGAUUUUAUAAUCAGUAUUUG